GCCUGCUGGGAACGAAAGGGGCUGGACGCCAAGCCUCGUUGUAUGAGUGACAGCUGCUUUAACCUAUCACAGUCAGGGAAUCCUCGUCUUGCCCCCACCACGCAGGCCGUCCUCAUUUUCCCACAGGUGAAACCUCCUCGCCUCCCCGGGUGAGGGAGGGAACCUGCAAGAGCCUCGCCAGAGGGGAACCGCAGGUGGGUAGGCUGGCAAGGGAGCAAGGCCUGGGCCCCUGGCCUCAGAGAACCAAGCCUGCUCUGUGAAGAGCCCUAGUUGUCCCUCGCAGCCUGAAGCCCCACUGGCGAUGGGCGAGAGGGAGGAAGAUGACAAGGAAGCCUGGCUGCAGCUUCGACCAGUGGAGCCCUUGCCUUCCCAGUGCUGUGGCGCUGGCUGCUCGCCCUGUGUGUUCGACCUCUACCAGCGAGACCUGGCAAGGUGGGAGGCAGCCCGAGCCAGCAAGGACAGGAGCCUCCUGGGUGGGAAAGAGUCACAGAGCUGCCCCUCCAAGCUGAGCCCAGAGACCUUCCUGGCCUUCCGCAUCAGUGCCGUGGACAAACUUACCAAGGACACCUACCGUGUCCGGUUUGCACUACCCAGAAAUAGCCAGCUUGGCUUGCGGCCUGGCCAGCACCUCAUCCUACGAGGGAUAAUAGAUGACUUAGAAAUUCAGAGAGCCUAUACACCCAUCAGCCCUGCCAACGCAGAAGGAUACUUUGAAGUUUUAAUCAAGUGCUACCAGACUGGGCUGAUGUCCCGGUAUGUCGAGUCCUGGAGAGCAGGAGACACGGCUUUCUGGCGAGGACCUUUCGGAGGCUUCUUCUAUAAACCAAACCAGUACGGUGAACUCCUCAUGCUGGCUGCAGGUACUGGCCUGGCCCCCAUGGUGCCCAUCCUUCACAGCAUCACAGACAAUGCAGAUGACGAGACAUUCAUCACCCUGGUGGGCUGCUUCAAGACCUUUGAGGGCAUCUACCUGAAAGCCUUCCUCCAGGAGCAGGCCCGUUUCUGGAAUGUCCGCAUCUUCUUUGUACUCAGCCAGGAGAACUCCCCAGAGCAGCUUCCCUGGAGUUACCGGGACAAGACCCACUUCGGCCGCCUGGCCCAGGACCUGAUUGAGGAGCUGGUGGGCUCCUGCCGGAGAAAGCCAUUUGCGUUGGUCUGUGGCUCCGCCGAGUUUACCAAGGACAUGGCCAGGUGCUUGCUGAGCGCGGGCCUCGCCGAGGACUCCUACUUUGUCUUCUAGGCCUGGCCUCCCUUCCAAAGCUCAGGCCAGAGGCGUGGCACUGGGACACAGGAAGGAGCACAGACUGGUCUCGAAGACGUGAAAGGAAGACCGCUGCUAACUCUCCAAGUGACCUUGGAUGAAUGUGUACACCUCUGUGCACCUCCAUUUCUCAUCCACCCCGUAAAGUCCCUGACUCCCUCAGGCAGGCAUCUUGCUGCUGGGUGGAGGGAGGAGGGCGGAUGGGGCUGUAGGAGCCCUGAGGAGGAGAGUGCCCAGCGUUUGUCAGGGAGGACUCCUUGGAAGGAGCCAGGUCCCGGCUGAGUAGGAGUUGGCAGGAGAAGGGGUGGGAGGGGCUUCCCUGGUUCUUCAGAUGCCAGGGUUUGUAAGGGGCUCCUGUCAGGCCCUGCCCUGUAAUGCCAGUGCCAAAGCCUAUCUUCCCUGAAGACUACGUAUCUCUGUAGCCUCGGGGUUGGCUCAUAUGGGGCCCUCACUGAGUCUUUAGGGAAUGACCAUAGGGGAGGCUGAGAGCUCUUUGGAGAAGGAACUUGAUAUAUGUUCCUCCAGUGCCACAAGCCUGACUCGAUGAAGAUUGUGGGUUCUGUGACCUGACCACAUAUCAGAACAAGGUGGGGCCCUAGAUUACCUUUAUUUUGUUUUGGCCCCAGGCCUCUCCUGCUACAAAGGGCUUCAUUCCCAGUACCCCUUCCUUGGCUUAAGAGUCCAGCCCAGAGUCCUUUCCCAGCAAAAGAGGCAUGAAAGCAAAUGCCCCUCCCUCCUGCAGGCUGCCGGCUCAGCCUUCUGCUCAGGCGCCCUGGUGACGGUUGCUAUGGAGAUCUAAAGAUAGAGCAGGAGUCAGGAGACCUGGGUCCUUCUCCCUGCUCUGCCCACUGAGCUGCUGCUGAUUCCAAUCCACUCCCGUCUUCCCUUCCUACCCCUCCUCGCUACCUACCUGAAUGGGGCAUGCCCUCCCCAGGGAAUCCAGCACUCCUGGGUAGCGCACUGCAGUUAAUGAAUUCUGCUUUUUGCAGCCUGGGCUCCAGCAUGCUGCUCCAGCUCAGACUGGCUACAGGCAGUCCCAGAAUUGGAAUAUUAAGCCAUGGAAUCUCAGAACCAGAGAACCAGAGAAUUAUAGAGUUAGAAUUUUGCAGUCAUAGAAUCAUAGUCCUCAUCAUAUCAUAGAUUAAAGCUCAGAACUCCAAAAAGCAUCCCGUCUACGAGACUCAUGGUAUUAACGGGGAAACCAAGACCCUGCGAGGCCAAGGGACCCGCCCAAGGUGAAGUGAUAGUUCAUGGCAGGGUCAGUGUUGAAGCCAGGUCUCUGGUGUCAGCCCUGUCUUCAGAGUUCUGUACUAGCGAUUUUUAAACUGAGCUCUGCAGGACACUAGGGUUGCUGGCAUGGCAGCAGUGAAAGGAUGACCAGGGGGAGUCUCCAGGCCCCCUUUCACCCAGAGCAAUUCUGGUUUUAGCCCAUUUAUAUCAUGGGGCUUGGAGUCAUUUUCGUUUGUGAAACAGGGUUUUCCUACACUGCCCAAAAAGUUGUGACAAAUCUCUAUGCUGUGCCAUGUUCAAUAAAUAAUCGUGACAAGCAGUUGGGGGAUGGUGUCAAAGGUUCAAAGCAAGUUUCACGGGCAGAAUUCCAUGGUCAAAUAGACGUGGGGAGCACUGCACGUGACUCUCACCAAGAACCAUGCGCACGUGAGCAUGUUAAAGGCUCUGAAAAGUCCGGUAGUGAAGAGAUGUUUUUCAUUUUGUUUAACCCAAAGUUUCCCAGACUUAUUUAACUAGAAAGCAUUUUAUCCUCUAGAAUCUUUUGAGACUGGCAUUCCAUGAACUACGCUUCAGGAAUUGCUAGUCUGUUGCAAAGGUGUCUUCAGUACAGCAUAAUGAGUGGGAAGGCCCUUCCCUGAGCGUCAGAGGUCCCGAGCAGGAACUGUGAUCUCUUAGAACCUCUCCUGUGACUUGCGCGGGACAUUUUUUCUUUCUCAGGGCCUUUCUCUGAAAUCUGAGCAUCCUCCUCCACCCUUUCCUCGCCCUCACUUAGCAUGUCCUGUUGAGUCUACUCACACAUACUCCUAGAGGGCCUGUUAUGAGCAAGACCCUAGUGUAGGUACUGAAGAACCAGCAGUGAACAGGCAGGGCCGUCUUGGUAAGCUCCAUCACAGAGCUUAGAGCCCAACAAGGAGGGCAGAAAUUAAAGUUGUGAUUCUAAAAGGGAUGAGUGUGCUAGAAAGGGAGGCACAGCGCACUAGGAGAAGGGAUGGCAAGGGCUUUAACCUGGCCUAGGGGACUGGGUAGGGGACGGCCACUGAGGAUAGGGGUCUCAAAGGCAAUCCUCCUGCUCUUAGUUAGGGGUGAUGGAGGUCCCCACUUAAGCAGGGAGGGAUCUGGGGCAGUUCUUGUAUGUCUGUCUUUGUCCCAUUUUUUAGAUAUUUGAUGUUUAAGUGUGAGAUAUGGCCACCCAGGGAUAACCCACAGUCCCUCUUAUCCUAGAAUGUGUUGCCCCCCACUUCCCCUCACUUUGUGUGGGAUCUGGGCAGUCUGGGUGCUGGUGGGGUCUCUCAUCUUGGGACAUUGGUGAGGGCCCAGCCACACCCUUGGUGCCAAAUGCUAGGGGGCUCAUGUCAUCUGGAAACUUGAGAGCUCGUGGCCGUGUCCUGUGCCUCUAAAGAUGAUUAGUGAGCCCAAAAAGAAGACUCUUUGAAUCAGGGGUCAGCUGGCCCAUUCCUCCCUUUCUCCUGGUGCUGCCCCUGCCACGUGUCGUGGGAGGUGUGCUGUCAGGGUGAGGGGGCUAAAAUCGAGGACAGCCUUGGUUCCACCCUCACCGCUGCAGCAUUCCCCUCGGCCUCCAGCCUCCGGCCUCUCCCCCACACCCUCUUCCACACUGCAGUCAGACCCCUUUUUUUCAGAAUUUUAAUAAGAACACUUAACAUGAGAUCUACCUCGUAACAAAAUUUUAAGUGCACCGUACAUUGCUGUGGAGUGUAGGUACAGCGGUGGGUGGCAGCCCUCCACAGCUUAUAGAGACCGCUUUUUCUAAGACAGAUCUGAGUGCAUCACUCCCUUGCUUAAAAUCCUUCAGGGGCUCCCUGCUGCCCUCAAGAUAUAGCAUCUUGACUCUGCUUACCUCUCCAGACUUAUUUCAACAUUUUAUGUGACUGUCCCCCUCCCCACCACUCUUACAUUCCAUGCCUGUUCUCUUGGGUCCAUCAGUCCCGUCACAUCUGAGGCUCCCUCUGCCCGGUCCAUCCUUCCACCCUCCUGCCGUCCACUCACCUUUGUCUCCUUGUCUGUAGAGGGCUUACUUAGCUCAGUGCCACUUCCUCACAGAGGCCUUGCCUGCCUUUGCACUCCGGGUUAGAUCUUGUACAUUAUUCUGUUGUCGCUCCCAUCAAACUGUCUGCAUGUGAGCAUGUCAGGGGCCCGUACCGGGGCCUGUUCAUCGUGUCCCCAGCGUGGAAGGGUGCUCAGUAUUUCCUGGGUGUCAAAUACCCGAGUAAUAAACAGCUUACCUUCAUGGAGUACUUUACAGGUUGCAAAAUGCUUUUCAGCUACAUUGACGCACACGGUUGUCACCAAAAUGUGUACUAUUUUAUUACUCCAAUCUACAGAUGAGAAAACGAAGCUUCUGAGACAUUAAACAGUUCUCCAAGGUCAUUCAGGGCUACAUGCUGCAAUUGUGAUAUAGGUUAUAUAUGACACGUGGGGCACCCAGGAGAUGUGAAUAAAGAUUUUCACUGCUGUACUAUUUGAAACUGCAAAGAAUAAAAACUACCUGUGUGUUCAUCAGCAAGAAAAUGAAGAAAUGAACUGUAUAGACUCAUACAUGGAAUACUAUACAGCAGUUAAUAUGAGGGAGCUAGAUCCGCAUGCAUCAACUGGGUAAAUCCUAAAACUAUAACUGAGUGAAAAGCCAAUUGUAAAAGGAAAGGUACAAUGAGAUACCCAUAUUUGGAAAGUUUAAAAACACAAAAUAAUACCAAAUGCUCAGGAAGGAGGCUCACCAACUUCCAGGAGUGGGGUGACCUCUGACAGACAGAAGGGAAGGGGAGGGGAUGGGAUGGGGGCUUUUAUGUGUAUCACCUUAUUAUAAAAAUAUUGGAAAUGAGUAUGGCAAAAUAUGAUCAUCUGGUAAAUCUGAGUAAUGGGUUCACUGUUGUCUGCUUUAUUAUGUCCUACCUUUUUUGGCGUUUGAAAUAGUUUCAUAUUUAAAGAUUUUUAAAAAUUAAAUUAAAUA